AUGAUAAAAUUAAUACCGGAUUCUCGUAUACAUUUGGCCGAACGGAAAAUUGCAUUAAAAUUAUUCCGACGUUUUUGGCGUUCAAUCGAAGCAUAUUCCCAAGGUCAAACAUAUGCUGAUGUAAAAACUGCUGAAAAAUCGAAUCGCGACAAAACAAUUGCUGAAGUUGCAGUACGUUAUUCGUGGAUUCCAAGAAAUGUAAUUGAAAUUUAUCUAAAACAUUAUUCAGCUUGUCAGCUAAAAAAACCGAGCAAACAGCCAGUCGUUUCAAAGCCCAUUAUUUCGUUAGGUGUCAUGACACGACUUCAAAUCGAUUUGAUUGAUAUGCGAACACGUCCGGAUGUUAUAUCAAUUGAUGUUUCGUAUUUAUGGAUUUUAAACUGCAUUGACCAUUCUCCAAAUUUUCGUGGAGUUACCCAUUGCAGACCACGUUUAUUGUAUUCAGACAACGGAGCCGAGUUUAUCGCUAAUGUUAUCGUUGAAUUGAAAGCAUUGUUUCCAGACAUGUGUUUUGUUCGAGGUCGUCCUCGUCAUCCGCAAUCUCAAGGUUGUGUUGAGCGUGCAAAUGGUGUUUUGACGGUUGCUUUAGGCAAAUGGUUAGUAGACAACAACUCAAGUCAUUGGUCAGAAGGUCUGUUACCUGCCGUUUAUGGAAUCAAUACACGUGUGGCUGCUGCAACAAAAUGUACUUUAUACGAGAUUGUGCAAGAUCAAGAUAUACAAGAUGAAGUUCAACUACCAACACCUGUUGAAGAUAAUGAAGAUUUACAAGAUGAAGUUGAUGUUACGAAUCAAUUAAAUUCAGUUACCAGCAAAAAUAUUGUUGUUGUUGAUCCAUUAUUUGAUAAUCCGGAAAAUAGUACUAUUUCAAAAUCGCUUAUUGAUUUAUCGUUAUUUAAACAUCGAUUCAUUAAUUCCACCUAA